AUGGACGUUGAGUCCCUUGUGGAUUCAGACUCGGAGGAAGCAGAUAGAGAGUUGGAGGCUUUGGUUGGGCCUUGGAAAGGCAUUGGAGCCGCCCAAAAGCGGCCCCGUGAGGUGGUGGAUGAAGAAGAGGGGGAGCCCUCGGAGAAGGCUGUGGCAGUGGAGCCUGAGGUUGAAGCCAAAUUGUGGUCGAAAACUGGGAGGGGGGCGGAUGCAGAGAGGGGACGCCGUCUUCCUUCCACUCAGAGUAGGCCUCAGACAGCGGAUGAGGAGCUUCGAGAACGUAGCCCCAUCCUAUCGCACAUUGACUACGCCCUUUCAAGGGAUGAAUUGAUUGACAGAGCCAGGAGCGCGGUUUCCUCGAUAAUGAGUGAAACCCAGAAAUCAGGCAACCUCAAGGGCGGUAUCAGGGGGGAAAUAAACCGGGCCACUAAGAUCAUCUACUCGGCCAUGGAUUCCCUCCAGGCAAUGACGGCUGACGAGGAAGCUAGGAGGCUUCGGGCAGAUAAUAGGAGGAUGCGACAGGAGAUGGCUGUUUUACGUGCCGAGGUCAAGGCUCUCCGGACCUCUUUCUCCGCAAGGGAGAAAUCCCCUGCUCCAAUGCGUCAGCCUGACUUAGACGUGGAUCCCCAGGCCUCCCCAGCUCUUGGGGAAAUGCUUGAAACCCUUAAAAGGGAUCUCUUUGUGUCGAUUGGAGGGAUGGUUAACGAGCGCCUCAAACAGCUGGAAAAGCGGCUGCCUCAGGAGCCCAUAUUGAGGCCCCCACUUGCUGCAGACAAGAAGCGGGGAAAAGUAGACCACCGCCCUACCGACGAGCCUUCCGCGGGCCCAUCGCCAGCUCGCCCAGCGACGACGCAGCCAACGGGAAGACCCAAAAGAUCUAAGGCAACCAAGCCUGCACCUGCACCACAGGCAGAGGCCUGGUCUGAAGUAGUCGGGAGGAAGGCCAAGGCCAAGUCCAAGAAGGCCGCUGGGCGCAAAGCUACCGUCCCAGCCCACGCACCUGCUAAGUCUCCGCCGGCUACCCGGAAGGGUAAAUUGACCUCGCCCAAGUCCUCGGCAGUCGUCAUUACCCUGAGGCCAGAAGCCGUCGCAACACAAAGUUAUGCGACGGUCAUGAAGGCAGCCACUUCUGGCUUUGCCCUUUCGGAGGUCGGGGUAAAUCACGUGCGGGUCCGCAAAUCCGCCACCGGGGCUCGAAUUAUUGAGGUCCCAGGAGCCGGCAGUGCAAAGGCCGCGGAUGAGCUGGCCGGGAAACUGCAAGGCCUCGUUGGCGAGUGGGUGACGGUGUCCCGGCCCAUGAAAACUGCCGAACUUCGGCUGGUCGGGCUCGACGAGUCGGUCACUCCCGAAGAAGUCCAGCGAGUGGCGGCAGAGAAGGGAAACGUCCCACCGGAGCAGGUGAGGGUUGGCGCCAUUCGAAUGGGACCAAGUGGGACUGGUUCAUCCCUUGUCCGAUGCCCGGUGCCCGCAGCAAAGCUGCUCAUUGCGGCAGGACGAUGUGGUAAGGAUGGGCACAAGGCGGCCUCGUGCUCAGCUGACCCGAAGUGUGCAGUCUGCACGCAGUUGGGUAGGAAAGCUGGGCAUGUCAUGGGGGGGCUGAAGUGCUCUCCACCCCCUACAAAGGGUAAAGAGGCCCCUUUGACCCGGGCCCCUGACACAGGCAAUGGGCAACAGGAGACUGAACCGGAGGACAUCGAAAUGGACGCUUAA